UGCCCUCUACCUUUUCCUCACCCUCCCUUUCCUCCAUAGGCCACGGAAUCACAGUCCACGAAUAAGAGUGGAAUAUUAACAUUCUGUGUGUAGCCCAGGCCAAUCAAAUGGUGCCAAGCGAUGCCAAACCAAACAAAAGAAGAAAUUAGAAAUUGAAUUGGUAAAGCCACACUAAAAAAAAACCCUUGUAGCGAGAACUGGAAAGCACUUUAUGGAAAAGCGUUACAGUGACCUCCUCUCUCGAGCUUCUGGGCAUGGCAGGAUGAGUGCCCGCACACGAUGAUGAUGGCAAAAAAGCAAGAUGUUAGAGUUCCCAUAUACAACCUGGUUGUGGUGGGUUUGUCGGGGACGGAGAAAGAGAAGGGGCAGUGCGGGGUGGGCAAGUCCUGCCUGUGCAACCGCUUCGUCCGGCCCAGCGCCGAUGACUUCUACCUGGACCACACUUCUGUGCUAAGUACCAGCGACUUUGGGGGCCGGGUGGUCAACAACGACCACUUCCUCUUCUGGGGCGAGGUCGGGAGGCAACUGGAGGAAGGGCCAGAGUGCCGCAUGCACGUGGUGGAGCAAACGGAGUUCAUCGAUGACCAGACCUUCCAGCCACACCGCAGCACUGCCCUGCAGCCCUACAUCAAGAGGGCGGCUGCCACCAAGCUGGCCUCUGCUGAGAAGCUCAUGUACUUUUGCACGGAUCAGCUGGGCUUGGAGCAGGACUUUGAGCAGAAGCAGAUGCCAGAGGGAAAGCUGCAGGUUGACGGCUUUCUGCUGUGCGUGGACGUGAGCAGGGGCAUGAAUCGCAAUUUUGACGACCAGAUGAAGUUCGUCUCCAAUCUGUACACCCAGCUGGGCAAGACCAAGAAGCCUGUGGUUAUGGUCCUCACCAAGUGCGAUGAGGGCGUGGAACGCUACAUCAAGGACUCGCAUACCUUUGCCCUGGCCAAGAAGAACCUGCAGGUCGUGGAGACAUCAGCACGCUCCAACGUUAAUGUGGACCUGGCUUUCCUCACUCUGGUGCAGCUCAUCGACAAGAGCCGGGGAAAGCCCAAGAUCAUCCCCUACUUCGAAGCACUGAAGCAGCAGAGCCAGCAGAUCGCUGCAGCAAAAGACCGCUACGAGUGGCUGAUUAGCCGGAUCGUGAAGAACCACAACGAGACGUGGCUAAACAUCAGCCGGCGAAUGAACACCUCCUCGGAGUACAAGGACUACGUCUUCCUGGAGGGCACGAUAAAGGCCAAGAAGCUGUUCCAGCAGCACGUGUUCCGCCUCAAACAGGAGCACAUCGAGAGGCGGCGCAAGAUGUACCUGAGUGCUCUCCCGCAGGCCCUGAACUCCUUGGUGCCUGACCUGGAUGAGAUCGAUCACCUGAGCUGGUCAGGGGUGCAGAAGGUGAUGGAGACGAAGCGCGACUACUCGCACUGGUUCGUGGUGCUGGAGGACACUCCCUGGGAGGACACACCCCACAUCGACAACAUGGAGGACGAGCGUAUCCCGUCAGACCUGUUGGAGACGCCGGCUGCGGAGACGGUCUUUGAGGCACACCUGGACCACCUGCGCAAUGAGCGUAAGCGGGCAGAGAUGCGGCAGGAGUUCAAAGCUAAGCUGAUCUCCUCACCCUUUGUCACGGCAGGCAAGCCCUGGGAGGAAGCACGCAGCUUCAUCAUGAACGAGGAAUUCUACCAGUGGCUGGAGGAGCCGGAGUACCUGGACAUUUACAAUCGGCACCAGAAGGAGAUCAUCGACCAUGCCAAGGAGGACUUCCAGGAGCUGUUGCUGGAGUACUCCGAGCUCUUCUAUGAGCUAGAAGUGGAUGCCAAGCCAAGCAAGGAGAAGAUGGGUGCCAUUCAGGAGGCGCUCGGGGACGAGCCGAGGUUCAAAGCCCUGCAGAAGCUCCAGGCAGAGAGAGACGCUCUGGUGCUGAAGCACAUCCACUUUGUCUACCACCCCACCAAGGAGACCUGUCCCAGCAGCCUGCUGUGUGUAGACAGCAAGAUCGAGCAGCUCCUUGCCUCACGCUUCCCCACCCGCUACCCAUCUGUUGACAGCAAGUCCCAGUUUGGCGAGGUCAAGGCUGACAGGAUCAACCUGGUGAUCCUUGGUAAGGACGGCCUAGCCAGAGAGUUAGCUAAUGAGAUCAGGGCGCUCUGCACCAACGAUGACCGGUACGUGCUGGACGGGAAGAUGUAUGAACUGGCGCUGCGGCCCAUCGAGGGCAAUGUACGCCUGCCGGUCAACUCCUUCCACACCGCCACCUUCACCCCUCAUGGUUGCCUGUGUCUUUACAACUCUAAGGAGUCCUUGUCUUAUGUGGUGGAGAGUAUUGAGAGGCUGCGUGAGUCCACACUGGGUCGAAGGGACAACCACCUAGCUCAGCUUCCCAUGUCCCUUCUCUUAGUCACCAAGAGGGGCGUGGGGUCAUUGGGUGACAUUGGGGGGGAGACAGCUAUCAGCCUGAUUGCACAGGGGCAGCAGGUUGCUGGAAAGCUGCAGUGUAGUUUUUUGGACCCAGCCUCCCCUGGCAUGGGCUACGGGCGUAAUGUGAAUGAGAAACAGAUCAACCAAGUCCUGAAGGGCUUGCUGGAUUCCAGGAGGAAUUUGAGCCUUGGGAGCAGCUCCCCACCCCUGCCCCCUCUGCCCCCGAGCAUCAGAGACUUGCACCAACAGCAGAGCCCGGAGGCAGACCUGCGAAUCGUCAUGUGCCUGAUGUGCGGGGACCCCUAUGACAUAGACCAGCUCCUCUCCCCUUUCCUGCAACCCCAGCACUGCCGGCCCACAUCCAGCUCGGCCAGCGGCACCUCAGUGCUACUGGAGCUGCAGGUGGGAGGCCACCGGCAGUGUAUUGAGCUCUCCCUGCUCUCCUACCACUCGUCCUUCUCUUUGCGCAAGAGCCGGCUGGUGCACGGCUACAUCGGUGUGUACUCGGCCCGCCGCAAGGCCUCGCUGGAGACUUUGUGCGCCUUCUUAUGCGAGGUGCAGGACAUCAUCCCGGUGCAGCUGCUGGCGGUGGGGGAGAGCCAGGCGGAGCUGAUGGACUGCGAAGCAGCCAGGGAGCAACUUGUCCAGGGGGAGGAGCUCGCGCACGAGAUCGAGGGCCGCUUCAACACUGUGGUGUGCGGGCCCGGCGGGGUGGUGGGUGGCCUGCACCGGGUGGACCUCCUUCAGCCCUUCCUCAAGGAGGUGGUGGAGAAGCGCACCAUAGUGGAGGCCACACACAUGUACGACAACGUGGCUGAGGCCUGCAGCACCAACGAGAGCGUCCACUCACCCCGCUGUGGCUCGCCCAGUCCGGUCACAGCGCUGUUCGACUCUGAGGACGAUGUGGAGGCCUCGCCGUCCUACCCCUCCCUGCGGGACGACGGCACCCUCAGCUUGCACAGCAGCUUCAAGCUGCCCGACCUGGAGUCCAGCGACACUUUCUCCCUCAUCUCUGAGAUGAGCUCCUUUGAGAGCAAGCUCAACAACAAGAUCCCACCGCAGGUGCGUCCCAAGCCCACCGUCACCUUCGACAUCCGAAAGGUCAACCUCCCUUAUAUGGACCCAGCAGGUAACCGCCGUUCGCUGCCCCCGCCUGGGCUCUGGUCAAGUGGGGAUGGGGGCUACGAUCCCUCUGACUAUGCUGAGCCCAUGGACGCAGUGUCCAAGCCCCGCCCCACCGACGAGGAGAACAUCUACUCUGUGCCACAUGACAGCACGCAGGGCAAGAUCAUCACCAUCCGCAACGCCAACAAGACGCACUCCAAUGGCGGAGGCAAUGGCUCUGACAGUGAGGCUGACAGCAGCUCACUGGAGCGCCGGCGGAAGCUGUCCGCGGCUGGGGUGAAGCCCAGGCUGUACCGUGACCGAUCCAAGCGCCUGGGCAAGUUUAGCAGCUUCCGCACCAGCUUCUCCAUCGGCAGUGAUGACGAGCUGGGGGGCCCACCCAAGGCCAAGGAGGACGAGGGGGGAGCGCACAAAGGUGACAACUCCCUCACCGAGGAGGGCGAGGACUCCAAGAGGAGGAACAUCCUGAAGAGCCUGCGCCGAAAUACCAAGAAACCGAGGCCGAAGCCGCGGCACUCCAUAUCCAAGCCGAUGGAGAGCAACUACUUUGGCGUCCCCCUGGUCAACGUGGUGUCCCCUGACCGCCCCAUCCCACUCUUCAUCGACAAGUGCAUCCGCUACAUUGAGGCUACAGGGAUGAACACAGAGGGUAUCUACAGGGUGAGCGGAAACAAGGCGGAGAUGGAGAGCAUGCAGAGGCAGUUUGAUCAGGAUCACGGUCUGGACCUGGUGGAGAAGGACUUCACUGUGAACACGGUGGCAGGCGCCAUGAAGAGCUUCUUCUCUGAGCUGCCAGAGCCGCUGGUGCCCUACAGCAUGCAGACUGAGCUGGUGGAGGCAUACAAGAUCAACGACAGGGAGCAGAAGAUGCACGCCAUGAAGGAGAUCCUUUGGAAGUUCCCGCGUGAGAACUACGACGUCUUCAAAUACGUCAUCAGCCACCUCAACAGGGUGAGUCAGAUGAACCGCAUUAACCUGAUGACCAGUGAGAACCUGUCCAUCUGCUUCUGGCCCACGCUCAUGCGGCCGGACUUCACCACCAUGGACGCGCUGACCGCCACCCGCACCUACCAGACAAUCAUCGAGACCUUCAUCCAGCAGUGCACGUUCUUCUUCUACAAUCAGCCCCUGGUGGACACGCCCAGUGGCCCGGCCGGCCUCCCCGCCUCCCCCACCACCAUGUCCGGAGGCUCCACCCUCCCCUGCUACAGCCAGCCUGCGCCGGCGCCCACGCCCCCGCCCCUUCCGGCCUCGCACUUCAGCCCCCCGCAGCAGUCCCCACCCCACUCCCCGCCCCCCACGCCCCAGUCCCCCCUGCAGUCUCUCCUGCCGCCCUUGCACCCCCACCACGCGGCGGCCGAGCAGCAGACGCUGUGAGAGGGAGGGAGGGAGGGAGGGAGGGAGAGAGAGAGAGAGAGAGGGAGGGAUGAUUCAUGCCAUUAUGCUGGACCUCACUCACUUGUGUAUAAUUGCGAGCAUACACACACACACGUGCACACACACACACACAUACACACACACA